UAUGAAGACCUUGCCUACAGUGUGAUGACACAAUUAUAUUUGAGAGAAAAAAAGCAGGCUCGGCAACUUUUGGUUACACAAGUGAAAAGAUAUAACUGCAUUACAAUUUUUGAAAUAACAGAAAAGUUUACACUAAUGAAGUUUAUGGGACAUGCUGCAUGUCAAACCCAGCUGAAUAAAAUAUGGAAUGGUCGUAUUUUGAGUAAUACAUCAAAUCUGAAGGUAAUAGCUGCUGCUUUUAUCCCAAUUUUGAUUGUGAAAAUAGUUAGUAUAGAUAGUGCUGAAGGGAAAAAAGAGCAUGCCAAACUAGUUAGUAAAGACAGUGCUGAAGAGAAGAAAGAGCAAGCCAAACUAGUUAGUAUAGUCAGUGCUGAAGAGAAGAAAGAGCAAGUCGAACUCCCUAUUCGCAAAUGGCCGAUAUGGAUGACAAAAAUAUAUUACUUUUACCAUUCACCAUCAAUCAAAUUUCUUUUUUCCGUUGUAACUUAUAUGGCAAUGCUAGUGGUAUUUUCCUUGUUUAUACUAACGGAUUUGUAUCCAAUAUCUGAGAAAAGUCCAUCUGUUAAGGAGUAUAUCAUUUAUACAUGGGCAGCAUCAACAUUGACAGAGGAGAUUAGACAAGCUUUUAUGAUUAGGCAAAUAUCAUUGAGUUUGAUGACAUGGUUCAGUUUUUGGACGCUCUUUGAAAUUGUGAUGUACAGUAUGUUGACUGCUUCGGUAUUUCUUCGGUUAAUCUUGUCCGCUGAGAUUUUCUACCACGCACGAAUGACUUAUGCAAUAACAUUGGGGUUAUUUAUUAUCAACAGCAUGCAAUUUUUUCUUGUCUCUAAACACAUUGGACCAAAAGUUAUCAUGAUUGGAAGAAUGAUGUUCGACAUUGUAUUCUUUCUCUUAAUAUUUGCUGUGUUUCUAUUUGGUUUUGGUGUUAUUUACCAAUCAACGAUGUAUCCAAAUUCUACACCCAGCUUUCAACUGUUCAAGGAAAUCAUAUAUAUGCCAUACUGGCAGUUAUAUGGAGAAUUGUUCCUAGAUCAAUUUGAAGGAAAAGAGCCAUCUACUUGCACGGAUGAUGUUACACUAUAUCAAAAUGGGACUAUUGAUAGAUGUCCGGAGAUUAACCAAAUGAAUACGGUAGUGCUUGGUGUUUACAUGGUGGUAACACACAUAAUCCUUGUCAACAUUCUCAUUGCAAUGUUUUCGCAUACAUUUACAACAGUGCAAGACAACAACGAACUGGUUUGGAAAUUUCACAGAUUUUCACUCGUCCGGGAAUAUUAUGAUAGAUCGUCAUUGGUACCACCGUUAAUUAUUAUCAGUCAUCUGAAGAGGGCCUUUUUAUCUAUAUGCAGUAAAUGUACAUGUGAAUACAAAAAACAAGAUAAGUUCAAAAUAGAAACUGAUGCCGUUGAGGAAUUAGCUAUUCUAGAAGGAUCUGCGGUUAGCAAAUAUCACACAAGCAACAAGGAGACGGAACCAAGCGGGUUAAACACCAGUAGUGAACAAGAAACAGAUCUAUCUUUCCAACAUCAAUUGAACUCAGUGUUAUCUAAAGUAGAUUCAUUAGAGAAGUGGGUUGUCAGGGAUAAACGAAAGCGACAAAUCAGACCAGUAGCACUAAAUAUAAAGCAACAUGUACCCGCCCAAACAAACAUCGUUGAAAAUGAAUAAAAGCAGAUCGAAACAUCUACCAGCAGUGGUACUGUUAGACAAACAUGGUUUAUUCACGUCAAAAUCAAUCUUGUUUUUGUUUUAUUAUUGCUAUCAUUUGAGUUUAGAAUGCUUUUCACAUUUGGCGUUAAGCGACAACGUAGAUAAUUUUAGAUUUUACCUUCAGAUUGUUUUUUUUAUUUCUUAUUACUUAUGCUUGAACAAAUUUGUCAUAGCGUGUGUUAUUCAUAUUUAUUUCCGUAUAAAAUUAAGCUUGACAGAUAUCUGAUUUGAUUUUUGUGUAUAUGUCUAGAUUGACAGACAUUAGCUUGGCUUUAUUUGAAUAUGUUUGUACUUGUCAUUUUACUAAAACUGAAGAAGUAUAUUUGCAUUCGAAAUAUUUAUUGUUUAUUGUCUUUUUCAUUAGUUUAGUUGCAGUUAACGCUUUUUCGACGUAAACUGUAUUUUUAUGUGUGAACUGGAUCGUUUUCAUAAUGACCUUGUAAGAAUGGUCGCUGGCAUUAAUUUCUAGAUCUAUACCGUCACUAUGAGCACCAAUAAGAUAAUUGAAAAAUGCUGGUCCCGAAAAAGAUUACUUCAAUCGAUCAUUAAACAGAUUUAAGGGUCCUGGAUUGAUUACAGAUGUAAACCAUAAAUGUCUGUAAGUUGUCGAAUUGAAUCAGACAUUCCGUUUUAUUUCAAAAGGUCAUCAAAACAUGUGCCCCAAAAAAGAUAUUGAAUUUAUGAAUAAAUAAUCAAGUUUUCCUAUCAUAUCCUCCUAAUUUUUGGUGUCUUGAGUUUAUCCUCUUCAGUUUAAGUUGAUAUUAACUUUUAAUGAUAUUUUAUCACCUUCGAGGUUCCUAUGCACCUAGUUCAAAAGUUAUUUAUAUCUAGACAUGCGUCAAUAUGGUACCAUAGAGAUGGUCAGUAAUAUUCGUCAAUUCUAUCCCGUCUUACGCUGAUGCUGAAAUUUGAUUAGGUCGACCAAGAAAAUGUGAAAGUUUUUAAAAAAAUCUAUUAAUUACAUGUAUGGUUUCUUCAUUAUUACCACUGGACGUUAAGCAAACAACAAUCAAUCAUCUUCAUUAGCACUUAUAUUUGCAUUUUUACCAUUUAAGUAUCCAUCUUUGUAAGAAUCAUGCAGAGGGUGAUUCAUGACAUGUCACAGAAGUAAUUUAUGUUGCCCCAUAUCAUAAGAACUUCGGUAGAUAAUUAAAAGUAUGUCUUUAUUUUCCCUGUAAAAUGCGCGUUGCCAUGGUAACCAUCAAAACAACAGUCUGCCUGAAUAGGUGAAAAAAGACGAUUUUGAAAAUUGAAAAUAAGGGAAUUUAAAGUGCUAUAGAAAUUAAGUUAAUAAAUAAAAACAAUAAGGGUUUUACAUUGUUAACAAACAAAACCCCAAACUUUUCAAAAACGUUAAGAUUUUGAACUUAUUAAAUAGUCUGUUUCCAAAGCAACCAUUUAAAAAUAAGUUAAAAUUCAAAAAUGAAAAAUUUCAAAAAUUCCUAAAUUUCAAAUCUGUUUACUCCCAAGACCAACAAUACCAUGACAUGUCAUUGAUAAAUUUUGAAAGACAACAUUCUGUAUACUCAAAAUAUAAAAAGAAAGGCGUGCGUUUUUUUUUCUUUAAUAAAA